AUGUCGCUCGAAAAACUUUCAUCAAACAAGCACUACGAGGGGACGCUCGCAAAGUACAAGUUUAGAUCUGCUGCUCUGGGCGAUACCUAUACCCAAUUCAAUCUCUUCCUCCCCGCCAAUGCGGCUCAGGGGAAGGUCCCUGUACUUGUCUAUCUUGCAGGGCUGACCUGCACGGAGGAUAAUGGGGCUCAAAAAGGCGGUUUCAUGCGUGAUGCGGCAGCUCAGGGCAUUGCUCUACUCUUCCCUGACACCUCCCCGCGUGGCGCAGGAAUCGAUGGUGAAGAUGUAGAUUGGGAUUUUGGCAGUGGUGCUGGGUUUUACGUGAACGCAACGAAUCCCAAGUGGUCGAAGCAUUACAAUAUGCUCAGCCAUGUUACUCAAGAGCUCCCGCAGGUGCUCGAAAAAGCAGGCUUGCCUCUCGACUUCACACGCCAGUCAAUCUUUGGACACUCGAUGGGCGGACACGGGGCGCUGACUGUGUACCUUGCGUCACUAUUAUCGGGGAUGAAGCAAUAUCGUAGCGCAUCUGCGUUUUCACCCAUCUGUGAGCCAUCCGAGGUGCCGUGGGGGACGAAGGCAUUCUCUGGGUAUCUUGCGGGUGGUGUUGCGGAGGGGAAAAACCGUUAUGAUGCAACAGCGAUGAUCGGGAAGGUGAAGGGAGCGGUGAAUAUCCUUGUGGAUUAUGGUACGGCGGAUAAUUUCCUGUACCAACUGCACCCGGAAAGGUUCCUCGAGGCUGCGCGCGUGGCUGGGCAUGAUGAGGUACAGGUACGGGUAAGGAAGCAAGAGGGGUACGAUCAUAGCUACUACUUCAUAUCGACAUUUGCAUCAGACCAUAUUCACUUCCACGCCAACUUCCUGAAAGCGUAA